AUGAUUCUGAUUACUCCUCGGAACUUCCUCGUGAAGGAAAUUGUGAAAAAUGUGUUUGUGCUCAUUUUAGACUUCCAUCGACGAUUUGCCGGAAAUGUGUUUUUCGGCCCGGAUUUUCCACAAACCAUUUCUGACCUUGAUCAACCAUUGGCACCAUCGAAAAACAUGAAUUCUUCAACUGGUCACUUACGUUCCACCACACGCGGUUUGGUCACUGUGCAGUUCCGUCUGCACGCACCGCAUUCGGCCUCCAGCAGUUCUUCGUGUCUAUCCACACCAAACAGUUCUGUGCUGUUCCACUCCCCACAUUCACGCAUGACACCGAUAGCCCCGAAAUCUCCCGCACUAUCACAGACCACAUUUUUGCCUACACCUGUCGUAGAUCCGACUCUGAUGAUGGCUAGCCGAUUCACUCCGUCCAAGUCGGUGGUUGAAAUGCGGCGAAAGUUGGUGCUCGAUCUGUUCAAACAACACGGUCUUUUCCCCUCGAUUACCACUACCAUUGAAUUCCAACAGCGGCAUGCGAACUAUUUUCCCAAUCGCCAAACAUUGCAACUAAAAAUUCGGGAAGUUCGUCAACGAAUCAUGCAAUCGACCGGGUCUGGUGAACAAAAGUCCACGUGUAAUAUACUUUCUCCCAGUUGCUCUCGUGAUGCUACUUUGAAGCUACUGGUCAGUCCCGGACCAGCCGGCGUUGGUUUACACACACUCAUCCUGGACAGCGGGACUCCAAUAGGACCCGGUUGA